CCGACAAGACGCAUGGAGGAUCUUGGAUCAUGUGAGAAGGAAGGUGGCGUCGAACCGCAAGAGCGUGGGACGGAAGGGGCCAAGGAGGUGGAAGAGCAUGACGGAAGGGUGGCCUCGAGGGUCAAGGAGAGCACCCAGACGGAGGGCGCCCAACUCACAAAGGAGGAGUUGCUUCACAUCAUCGAAAGUCAAGAUCACGCCCUUGAAAUCUUGAAGAAAUAGGUAGAGGCGCUCAAGAAGGGAGGAGGCGACAUGCCCACGCCUGGGUCGAAGAGAAGGGAGCGAGAUGAAGAGGGUGAAGGGGCGUCAAGCCUCGCGAGGCGCAUGGAAGAACUAGGGCACUUGACCCGACACCUGGAAUCUUACUAUGAUGACUACUAUGGUUGGGCGCAAAGGCAUGUCGGGAGAGGUUGGGGAGUUCGGCAGCCUUUGGCCAUGAGCAUCCUUGCUGAGCAUCCAAGCUCAGUUAUACUCGCCCUGCCAAGCUAUGAUGGUACGACGGACCCGGAAGACCACCUGAACAAUUAUUUAACGAAGAUGCAGUUAUACAGCAGCACGGACGCCAUGAUGUGCCGUGCGUUCCCCUCCAUGUUCACAGGAGUAGUGUUAGAUUGGUACCAUCAGCUAGAGGAAGGGCGGAUCAAUUGUUCGAACACUUCGCUUCCCUGUUCCUGUCAAAAUUCGCGAGCUGGAAGCGUAGGACCCUCACCAUAAGCGCCUUGUUCAAGGUCCGCCAGAAGGAAAACAAACCACUAAGGGAGUUUUACGAGCGAUGGAUGUCGGUGGUCAUGGCGGUAAAGGAUGUCAAGCCCCCCGUCUUGGGAUGUUGCCUGGACGAAUGCACGAAUAAUGAAGAGCUGUGUCGGGCGCUUUUCAAGACGGAUGUGACGUCCACCGAAGACCUCAACAGAAGGGUACAGAAGGUCAUCAUGCUGGAGGAAACGCUUGCGGGCCGUCGAUUCGACAGGUGCAAGGGCAAAGCUGAGGAAGGCAAGGGUUACCGCGUGCCCGCGGCCAGCGUACCGACCGCGACCUCCAAUGUGUUCCAUGCGCGCAGGAUGGAGAACCCCACGCCCGUACCGAAGAGCGCAGGAAACUUCACAGAGCUCAAUGACACCCUGAAAAACGUGCUGCAAUAUGCGAAGGACAAAAGGUACCACCUGAGGUGGCCCGGUCCCAUGAGGGGGCGCCCAAACGAGCAAAACCUCGAUAGGUAUUGCGAAUUCCAUCGGGAGCGGGGACAUCACACCGCGGACUGCUAUCAGCUGAAAUCCAAGAUCCAGGGGUUGGUGGACAGAGAUAUGCUAAACGAAUUUGUAAAGAAAUGGGACGAGAGGGCGCAGCGAACGUUCAUGGCACAAGAAGCACAAGUGAAGGUGCCCAACGCAGAGCACGAGCCGGUGGACACUCGCCUGAAGGAGGAAGCCACCCAACCGCCGCCCCCGUUUAAUGUGGAACAAGAGGCCAAUCCAAACCGAGUGAGACUGACCAUUGAAGCCAUCACCGGCUCCAUAGACUUGAGGCAGAAGCUAGAGGAGCGGAGGCGACUGAAAUCGGCUACUGCAAGCGCAAGAGAAGCCAUUCAAAUACGCUUCAACGAUGUGCUCGAAGAGGCAUGCCGGACGCCUUCCACGGAGGAGCUGGAGAUCCGGGUUGUGGUAGUCGGAUGCGAAGUCAAGAGGAUGCUGGUUGACACGGGAAGUUCGAUGGACAUGUUGUUUUUGUCCACGUUUGAAAAAAUGCAAUUGGCGCCUAGCAUAGUGAAGCCGGCGGACACAGUGCUGAUUGGAUUCUCGGGGGCGCCGGCUCAGGUGCUCGGGCGAGUGCGCCUCCCGGUAACAUUGGGCGACGAGACGUAUCGUGUUACGCAUAUGGUGGACUUUGGUAUAGUCGACUGCCCCUCACCGUAUAGCGCGAUCUUAGGGCGCCCCUUGCUGGCCCUCUUCAACGGGGUGGCCUCGUCCUACCAUCAGACACUAAGUUUGUUACCUUUAGGGCAUUGGGAUAUCAAGAGGCGAGGCAUCCGCGGAGGCGCGACUCGCCAAAAGAAUCCGAAUGUACAAUAUCGAUGUGCGCCUUGAGGACUUGCCAAGGGCCGAGGCGACGGAUGAGGAAAUCCACGUGCCACUUGAUGAUCUGCGCCCCGACCGAUGCGUUCGCAUUUCGACACACACGGCGGAUGAAGAAUUGGGACCCCUGAUCCAUCUGUUGAAUGAAUUUGCAGACUUGUUCGCGUGGAGCGCGAAAGAGAUGCCCGGAGUGAGGGUAGAAAUUGCGGAGCAUCGCCUCGCCAUAGCAAAGGGCGUGCACCCCAUCCAGCAGAAGAGGCACCCAAUCUCAUUGGAGAAGGAGGAGACACUGAGAAAAGAGUUGGAUAAGUUGCGAGAGGCAGGGUUCGUGGAGGAGGCCAAGUACACAACUUGGCUGUCCAACGUCGUCUUAGUGCCUAAGGCGUUCGGGGAGUGGAGGAUGUGCAUGGAUUACACCAGCCUUAAUCGAGUUUGCCCCUCAGACGCCUACCCCAUGCCGAGGAUCGACCAGCUGGUGGAUGCAACUGCAUACCAUGAGGCGCUCAGCUUUCUAGAUAUGUUUUUGGGUUACCACCAGAUACCCAUGUGUGAAGAGGAUAGGGACAUGACAACAUUCAUGACCCCGUUCGGGAACUAUCGCUACAAAGUGAUGUCAUUCGGGUUGAAAAACGCGGGAGCCACGUACCAGCGCAUGGUGAACAAGAUAUUCCAACAUCAGAUCGGCAAAACGUGGAGGCUUACAUGGAUGACUUGGUAGUCAAGAGCAAGCGCAGGGGGGAUCAUUUGACGGACCUGCGUGCGACCUUCCAAGCUUUAAGAGCCCAUGCCAUGCGCCUCAACCCCCUGAAGUGCGUCUUCGGGGCGGAAGUUGAGAAAUUCUUGGGGUUUAUGAUCAUUAAGCGCGGCAUCGAGGCCAAACCCAAGCAAGUAGAUGCGAUCAGGCGCCUCCAACCCCCACGCACGCCUAACGAAGUACAAAGUCUGACGGGCGACUGACCGCGUUGGGGCGCUUCAUACUCCGCUCGGCGGACAAGGAUGCACCCUUCUUCCGUGUACUAAAGAAGGCCGAACGGUUCAAGUGGAUAGAGGAAUGUGAUGAGGCCUUUGAACAGUUAAAGACCCUGCUAACAGCGCCUACAGUGAUGACCGCCCCGAAGAAGGGAGAAGUGCUCUAUCUAUACAUCGCAGUUUCCAGGAUGGCCGUGAGCGCGGUACUUGUCUCCAAGGAAGGAGAGAAUGAGGAGGAGAGGCUGGUGUACUACGUGAGCAAAGUAAUGGCGGAAGCCGAGACGCGCUAUGCGCCCAUUGAGAAAGCAGGGCUCGCAGUUGUUACGGUGACAGAGAAGUUGCGUCCUUACUUCCAGGAGCAUCCGGUGACGAUCCUCACGAACCUUCUGUUAAGAAGCACGUUGGGGUCCAUGGAUGUGGCAGGGCCCAUGGCCAAGUGGGCAGUGCAACUGAGCGAGUAUAACAUAAGUUAUGCGCCCCGCCCUACGAUAAAGGCGCAGGUCUUGGCGGAGUUCGUAGCUGAAAGGGUGGUGUGCGCGGGAGUAGUAGCGGAAGAAGUUUGGCAAGUCUAUGUGGACGGCGCGGCCAGUAGGACGGGCGCUGGAGCAGGAGUGGUAGUAGUGAGCCCUCUGAGGGCAAUGCACGAGUUAGCCCUGUGCUUUUCAACCCUAAAAACCAACAAUGCAGCGGAGUACGAAGCAGUGAUCGCAGGGCUUCACACGGCCCGGGAACUCGGGGCACAGAAAAUCCAGUUCCGGUCGGACUCCGCCUUGGUGGUAAAUCAGCUGAACAGGGUGUACGAGGUCAAGGAGGAAGCUCUGAACGCCUACGUCACUAUGGUCAAGGCCAAGAGCGCAUGGUUUAAGAGAGUGGAAUUCCUCCAUGUUCCCAGUGAAGAAAAUACUCAUGCGGAUGCCCUCUCUAAACUUGCCACAGCAACCGACUUCGACGAGGAUAGGCAAGUCAUCGUCACCAAGGAACACACCGUGCGUGAGCCCAUUAUAGGGGCGAUCACCGAAGAUGCAAGGGAGAAGGAAGUUGGAUGGCUCCAAUCAGAGCGUACUUAGUGCAAGGGGUCCUCCCGGAAAACGACAGGGAGGCAUGGCAAGUGAGGCACAAAGCUGCGCGUUGCACGAUAAUCAACAGCCAGAUGUACAAGCGGUCACACUCGGGUGUCUUCCUAAGAUGCCUCACCAAGGUGGAAGGGAAACAGACGAUUGAGGAGGUCCAUCAAGGAGCGUGUGGCAUGCAUGCGGGGGCACGCAGCCUAGAGAAAAUCCUAUUGAGGCAGGGAUACUACUGGCCAACCAUCCGGGCAGAUGCGUCGGAGCAUGUUGCCACUUGGCACCAAUGUCAGAUACAUGCUAAUGAUAUUCACGUUCCUGCGGCACCUAUGCGGGGAAUGUGGUAUAGACUUAUUGGGACCAUUUCCCAAAGCGCCCGGACAGAUGAAGUACCUCAUAGUGGCAGUAGGCUAUUUCUCCAAGUGGAUCAAAGCUGAGCCCCUCGCAUCCAUCACGCAGGUGUAGGUGCGCCGGUUCACAAACAGGAACAUCUUUACCCGAUUUGGACUACCAGAAGCAAUAGUAACCGAUCAUGGAAAGCAAUUCGAUUGUAAGCAGUUUAUAGACUUUUGUGAUGAGAAUGGGGUGAUAUUGCACUUCUCAUCAAUGGCAUACCCCCAAGCGAAUGGACAGGUAGAAGCUGCCAACAAGAGCAUACUGCAUGGGCUACACACGAGGCUUCUAGAAGCAAAGGGCAGGUGGGUCGAGGAACUCCCGAGCGUGCUAUGGGCGCAUCGGACGACAUACAAAGUGGCAACGGGGGAGUCCCCAUUCGCGCUCACAUAUGGAAGCGAGGCGGUCAUCCAGGUGGAACUGCGCAUGCCCACUUUCAGGCUGGCAAACUAUGAGGCGCAGGCUCACGAGGGGGAGCGCAUACACGACCUGGACAUGUUCGAGGAACGGCGUGACGUUGCCUCCAUCCUCUUGGAAGCUAUGACGCGGCAAGUUGCCAGGUAUUACAACCAGAAGAUGCGCCCUCACCAGAUAAAGUGUGGGAGCCUGGUGUUGAAAAGGGACUUCAGGACUAAAGUCAGUGAUGGAAAGCUCGCGCCCAAGUGGAAGGGGCCUUAUCGUGUCCGCGAGGCGGUGGGGCCUGCCACGGUCAAGCUAGAACGCAUGGGAAGCAAGAUCAUCAAACGUACGUGGAAUGCGCAGAAUCUCCGAGUUUACCACGGCAAAGAGGACGAAGAGACGCUGCUGGAGUAGGUUUGCGCGUUAGGAGGAGGCAGACACGGAUGUUUUUGUGGGAGGUGUGUCGCAACCUUCUAUGGUGCGUGUUUUUGCGUAGGGGGGGUAGACAAGGACUUCAAGAAUGUAAAGCGCCCUAACUAUGUUGCGCCCAUACUCUUAUUUAAAUAGUAAUUCCAAAAGCGCCCUCCCAAUUGCGCCCUAUGUUUAUGGGUAAUAAUUCCGAAGGCUCCCUCCCAAUUGUAAACUACAUCCGCCCAAAAUAAAAUUUAUGGUUAUGAAAUUUAAGGCAAGUGUAAAGCGCCCAAACUACAUCCGCCCAAAAUAAAAAUUCAUCGAAACUCCACUGAUUUAACAGCCACCAAGCGAGUGUAAAGCGCCCUAACUACAUGCGCCCAAAAGAAAAUUCAUCGAAGGUCCAACAAUUUAACAACCACCCAGGCAGAGGUAAAACGCCCUAGUCCCAUGGCGCCCCAUGUUGGUGAAGUUUAAGUCAUAAAGCGCCCUAAUCACAGGCGCUUACGAGAAACUUGUUAGGAUAGCAAAGGUAUGAAGGCAAGUGCAAAGCGCCCUAACUACAUGCGCCAAAAAGAAAAUUCAUCGAAUGUUCAAUAAUUUAACGGCCACCAAGGCAGGUGUAAAACGCCCUCAUCAUCCGCCUCCACUUUCACAUCUUCCCCGCCUCCUCCAUCGAUGGGCGCAGCACCGUCCGCAAGCGAAGCACCACCGGCACCCACCUCCGCACCAUCUCCGACCGAGGCGGCAGCUCCCGAGGCGCCCGACUGAUUUUCCAUGGUGGACACAACAUACUCAAUAAGAGCAAUUGUGUCGAAUACCACAUCUGGAUAGUCGACGUGGAAUUUGGCCCUGAGCGCCUCCACGGUGUUGAUCACCAUGUUGGCUUGAAGAUCCUUGCCGGCGUCCGAGUCCGGAUAAUUGGCUAAGUCCUAGUUCAGCUGGUCCACGACAGUUUGUGACCUCUUCAGCUCAUGCUUGUAAUGCAUCUGGGACUUUUUGAGCUUCUUGUUGACCUCUACCAGGUCGUCAAUGGUCUGGUGGAGCACGCCCUUCUCCUCUAAUAGAGCGUCAAGCUCCCGCGUGAGUGGCAUUCCCAACCCGGAGCUCCUUCUUCACUCCCUCCCACUCGGCCCUAUCUGCCUCAGCCUGCGCCUUGACCUCCUCCUCCACCUCCGCGCGAAUCUUGAGGCGCUCGGCCGCCAACUUCUCUCCAAGUCGGACUUGGCGGAGUCCAGGUCUGCCCGCAUGCGCUCGCCAGAGAUUGAGGCGUUCGUGCCCUCUUGCACAAUCUUGGCGAUUUCUCGUGUGGUGGCCUCGCAGAGGAGCAUCAUCUGAGGCGCGUAAGCACACAGAACUCAUGUUGGUCAGCUUCAACCAGGGCUUAGCAGAGAUCAGGCCCUCCGGAUGCUCCACCACAUCGUAAUGCAACCUCGCCAUCUGUACAGACGCAGGGACUUCCUUGGCCGCCUUGACGAGAACGUCCACUGGCACCUUGACGAGAGAGAGCCUGGACUGAAAGUAGGGAGGAAUCACCUGGCCAGUGUGCUCCCCAAUCGUGGGCUCCACAAAGCUCGGCGGUAGACCGGCCCCGCUUGUAGUGGCAGUCUUGGAUUUCUUCUCCUGACCGCUCAAGGUACCACCCGCCCUCUUCCGAGACGCGGCGGAAGAAGGGGAAGUAGGAGUGCUCACCCCGAGAGUUUCCCGAGGCGUGGAGGUGGAGGAUGGAGUCGAGGCAGAUGAGGCGCGACGCUCUAAGUGCGGCCAGACAUGGUUGGCCGCCUCACCUGCUGAACCGGCUGAUAAAGGGGAGGCGCCGCGCUGAUGAGGCACCUGCGGUCGUUGUGCACUGACACCCUUUUGGGAUACACCCUCUUCGGCCGCGACGCCUAGUCGGUAGGGGCGGGGCGACCAGCAUUCACAUUCCGGAGAAGGUCGAGCUUCGACCUUAUCAGAUUGGUCACCGAGGUAAAAUCGGUCUCUGCAUCAUAGAAAAGAACAAAAGCGCAUGAGAGCAACAAACCACAACAUCAGUGAGACGCACAGGUAACAAAAAGGCUAGUACCAUCGCCAUAGAAUUCGGCGAGAACGCGAGCGUAUUCUUCUCCUAACUCGAGGUCAAUAGGCUGGGCGGAUAUGCACUUAGCCAUGACCUCCUCGGUCUGGCUAAGGGGCUCCACCUUGUUAAAGGCGAAGCGAUUCCCAGGGACCAUAGCGAGCUCACAGGGUGCCCGCUCUCAAAGAAGGGAACUUCGCGCGGUUUGACGAAGAAGAACGAGUCAAACCACAUCCGCCCCAUCUUCACGCAGCUGCUGAUGAAUCCGUACCCUAGCGUCGUGCGCCUUUGCAAACUCAAGCAGUUGGAACUCUUGGUCAUUUUGAAAAAGUGUUUAAUAAGUUUAAAGGUGGGGGAACGUGGUGUAUUUGGCACUGGUAGUGAAAAACAAUUGUGUAUAAGAUAACGGGGGGAGAGGCGAGCAAGGGGGCAGUGGCAGGAGGUCAUGACGCCUUCGAGGACAGGCUCAAUAGGGAAGCGCAGGCCGAACUAGAUGAACUCCUGGUACAGGCCCACCCAACCCUCGCCGCACAAGCCAAUCCGAGCCUCUGGAGGCGCAUGGAUGUACCGCCAAGGCGCGGGUAGUUGCGCACACGACGAGUUUUCCAGCCACGCCCCUAACUAUUUCGAGGCAUGAUGCGAGCCGACAUCUUCCACGGGCAUCCUCGAAGUGUUCUGGGGCGCAUAGCCAGGAGGCCACAUUGAGUCCCACGCCCGGAACAUGUAGUUCUGAAGCACAGAGGCGCCUGAGUCAAAGGAAGGGGCAAGGGGUAAGGCAAAGGGGUGGAAAAGGAGGCGCAGUGCUCACAAAAAAAAAGGUAGAGAGGUGUUUGGGGGCGCAUGAACCCUAUAUCCGCAUCGAGAGGAGGUUUUGAAUAAGACGGGAGAAGGCAACAUAACAACAAGAGACAAGGUGCACAGCGGUAGAGGGACUUACUGGGAGCGGCAGGGGCGUUUGUGGCCUGGCCUUCGGCAAACGCCUGUGAAUGUGAUCCAGAAGGCGCGGGAGAUGUGGGAGGCGCAUCCGCGGUAGGAGAAGGGGAUCCGCGGUUGGCGGCGAUCGAUUCAGUGGAAGGCACAGGAGAGUUGGACGGGAGAGGGAUUUGCCGAGAAGAAGUCAUAGCGAGCUUGGGGGCGCACGAAGCAGAGCGGUUCAAGAGCAGUUGAGAGGAUCAACGGCUAGAGAGAGGAAGUAGAGAGAAGAUGAUAGCGAGUUGUGAGGACUGUGAAGGAGGAAGGGGGGAUUUAUAAGGAGGGCCAGGCGAGAGGGAGAGAGAGGGGGGGAAGGCGAAGAGGCCUCACCAAUCCGCUCCUGAUUUCGAAAUUUGAAUUUUGAAUCAAAAGGGGAUUGGGGGGAGAGAGAUAGUGGGAAUCGCAGGAGGCACGGCGACACAAAAAGAAAGGAAGAAGUGGAACAGUCGCAAAAGGAAAAAAAAGGAAGGAAAAAUAUAUAUAUAAAUGUAUAAAUAGGAGGGAGAAAAGAAUAUAGAUAAUAAAAAGAAAAAGGAUAUAAGGGAGAAGCAAGAAGAAAAGCGUAUGUAGGACGAGUGCUCAGUGGUACGGGGAAAGAGGGCACGCAUGUCGACUCGCAUCGAGAGAGGCGCAUGAACCCGAGGGUGACAUCGAGAGCGGACGGAGCACCAGAGAGAGCGCAAGGCCCGUGCCUAGUGAAGAAAAGAGGGUCGCUUAAGCCCCAAUCAGGGAGGUGCACAAAGGCAGGCAGUGACACGGAGAGGAGGACGAAUGUAGUUAGGGCCCUAACUGUGGGUGUUAGGCGCUUAACUGGGGGGCAAUUGUUGGGGGAAUAAGUAUGGGCCAGAGAUCGACCCAAAAGGGAAGGCCCAAAGAAGAUUGUUAGAUGGGCACAGACUUGGGCCCAACUGGAGAAACCUAAAGAAGCCCAUGGGGGCAAGAACCUUGGGCUGAUAGGCGCGCGGAGAAGGGCCCAAACGGCCAGGGUGAUGCGUGAGACAGGUUGAUAUGAUCCUAAUCCAAAGAUAACCCUCGAACUCGGAUUAUAAGACCAAAGUACGCAGCUCCAACGAUCUUUUCUUGAUUUUCUUGAAAACGAUCUUUCUUGAUUUUCUUGAUUCCUUGAUUUUCUUGAUUUUCUUGAUUUUCUUGAUUUUCUUGAACUCGAAAAUACAGAUACUUGCGGAAUCGAUCAAACAAAUCCGAACUCGUGAGAAGGGCCAGAAGGUAUAUGAAACCUUCCAAACAAUCUCGAACCCGUGGAAGAGGCCAAUCGAUAUCGUCGAUGCUCGCCACAACUAGACGCGUUCUCUAGUUGAUAAGAGACCACUCAAACCUCCCGAAUCCUCAAAGGAGCGAAUAAGCAAAACGUUCACUUCAACUUGUAAACACUUGUAUUUGAUUGCUGAAACUUGAAUUUCCACCAAGCAAAUUGAGAGAACCAUGCCUCCAAAGUAUGUACCCUGAACAUGGAUUUUGACUUAGCCAAAUUCUGCCCUUCUUCUUCCCAACUUUGAUGGCUUCUUUGUCAAGUAAUUGUGACGUGAAUGGUUGGCAAUUUGGGAUCAUAUCACAGGUGGGACCGGACACCUGGCAAGAGGCGCAUGGGAAAAAAGACACCAACGGUCGGAAGUGUACGAAAAGCUGAUCGCAUGAUGUCUUGCGCCGCGAACCUCUGACUGGAGUGUCAAGUGGUCGAGGCGCAUGCGCAAGGGUUGUACGACGCAUUUAUGGCGGACCUGACACAGGGCGAGAGUGACAGAUACCGGUCGAUCUCGUCCCGGGUAUAAAUAGUGAAGUAGGUAAACCUAAUAUACUCAAUUUUGCUUCUCUUACUAGAACUGUUCUCUACUUCUCUCUCUAAAACGAAGGGUGAUCGCUUGGGCGUCGGAGUGCUAACGGACCUGUCCGGUCCACUAGGCGCUUGUGAGUGAAGGCAGGCGCGUGACAAGAGGCGUGUUGGAGGUCGGAGCGCGGAGCGGAAGGAAGAAGGCUUCCGGGCAUAAACAAUAUCCAAUGAAGUUGUCCCGCUAAGGUGGAAAUCGGUACGGUACUGGUAUCUCAAAUUAUCAAUACCCAAUAACGAAAUCUCAAAUACCAAACGGUGCCCUAAACUCAAUCUCAAUCUCUAAAACUUUAUUCGGUAUCAGUAUACAUCAAAUGCUAUAUUAAUUUCAACAUUACAAAUCAAAUAUACAAAUGCAAAUAUUAGCUCCACAAACCAUUCUCAAAAUAUAUAAAAAGAAACAAUGGUGUCACACUCAGUGUAAAACAAAUGGAAAAAAAUCUUAAGUAUAAUAACAACAAACUAAAACAGGGGACAACUAACCAACCCAUAAACAUAAUACAAAUAUAAUAAAAUGAGCUUAGUUUGAGUUGUUAAAUAGUGAGGUAAUUAGCUAUGUAUAAUUAAGUGACCAUAUUGGCGAUUGAGGGAGCCUAGUUGUGAGGGAUAAAAUACACAUUAACUUAUAUUUUAAUAUUAAUUGCUAUUUUGGUAUACACCGAUCUCAAUCCUGUAAUCUCUAAUACCAAUUAUUUUUGAAAUUCAAUCUCAAUUCCAUUCUCAUAAAAUAAUAGAUGAAAUCGAUAAUACCAAAUAUCGACAAAUUUGGUAUGGUACUCGUCAUAUCCCAAAUACCGUACCAAACUUCCAGCCCUAUAUCCAAUCACUCAUCAUGAUGAGAACAACUAAGAACUAUGGGGUCCUUUGGAAAAAAGGAUUUGAGCCAUUAAUUUAUAGUAUCCGUAGAUUUAUUAAAAACUCAUGUUUUUUUGGUAAUUUUUUCUCGUGGAUUCUAACUUUGAAGAUUUCAAAUCUCUGAUAAUUAUAGAGAUUUUGUAUCUUGAUUUGAGAGAUAAUUCUUUUCCAAAUAUAUCCUUUUUUUUAUUCCACCGGUUACAUCUUCUAUAUAUAUCUUCUAAUUUUGGACUUCCCUCCACUCCUCAAAACAGCGGUAAACAGAAGCAGCAUCGUUCAACUUCCCUCCUGCAAAAUCUAUACACUCGUUGCUGCCUAUUCUGCAGUGAAACUAAAAGAAAGCAAGCUAUAAAAGCUGACAUGGUAAUGUGAAGGAUGUUACACUUACAGAUCUUUAUUAUCAGCUCCCAACAGAAGAUGAUCAAUUGACCUUUCUCCUUGAACUCACUGAUUGAAUUGUGGCCUAUAUUAUGACUCGGGUGUGCUGUUUCAGUUGACUAUGUUGCUAUGAGUGGGAUGAACCAUUAGUUUCCUUCUUUUAUUUUUAUAAUCCACAGACAAAAGGACUACAGCUUGUUGAGAAGUAGUAUUUCCCAUUUUAUGAAGCUUGCAACAAUGGUUUCCCCCUACUGCAAUUUUUUAUAUUAUGUCAUUUUUUGUUAUUGGAUGUUAGGGUAAUUAGGCACAUGUUUCAUUUGAAAAGACAAUAGUUGGCUAGGAUAAACGUAUUGAGAAAAAAAAAAUUGUGAAUAUUUUUUUCCCCAUUUGUUGGUUAAGGAUAAAUAUGUAAUUUUGUGCAAAAUUAGAAUUCUUAUUUUUCAUUAAAUGUUCCAAAUCUCAAUUACCAAACAAUGAAAAUUUUGAAAUAUUUUUUUAAAAAUUCGUAGAGUUAGAAACUUCGGAUUGUUUAGAAUCUAUGGAUUUAGACUCCAAUUCUCCAAACGACCCCUAAUAGGCAAACAAGGAUUAGAUGCGCCCUUCUACCAUAUCCGUACAAAACAAUAGCGCAUUUAUACAGGAUGAUAAAGGGGCUCCUCUCAAAUUAAAUUUUAUAUUUGAUGAUUAUAAAAAUGACUAGAAAAAUGAAGGUAAUUUUGAAAUACCCCUGCUCAAGCUUAACGACAAUGCUGGUGAUGCAGAUAACGUUCAUGCCAUCGCAGCCUCGUAGACAACAAUAGUAACAAUAAAGAGAGACAAAUAUGACGAUGAUAAAUUUGACUCCUGUCACCAUAUUAAGAGACAGGGUGUCUCACCGUAUAUUGAAAGAGACAGAAACUAUGACGACGACGGUCACAAAUAUGAAAUAACUAGAUAUAUCGACCGAUUAAUGUCUAUAAUUUCCUCUUUAAAAUUUCAAACUAUAGAUCUAGAUCUCCAUAUCCAUCCUUGAAUGAAGGUGUUUUCUCAUCCUCCUCAAAGUUGCUAACGAAGAAGAAUAAUUCAUCUGAGUAGCUAUGGAGUUGUCCUUUUAAGAGCAGUGACUAUAUAUGUCCACCUUGGGCUCCCUUCACCUACUUCAUUAACCAUUUUGCCAGUACCUGAUCUGGAAAUUAUUGAAUCUUCCAACAUCAUUAACGCCUCCCCAUCUACCAGUUAUCUCACAAAGGCUAAAUACCUUGAAGGCCUAAAUACCAUCUUGUGGGAGAAACAAGGACAAUGAUAUUAACCCAAUAUUUGUUAAACAAUUAAUUUCAAGAACAUAGGUGUUCUCUUUGGUGAAAGCUUUGAGCCUCAAAAAAUGGUUUGGUUUGGAUGGUAGGAAGAGAAUGUGAGAAGUGUUGAAAAAUGGUCAUGGAAAAUAGUCAUUGGCCUAUUCUAUCCGUUGUGACAAAAAUAAUAAAAACAAACAAAAAAUAACAAGAAAAAAGAAGAAGACAUAUACGCGACCACUGCCCCUUCUCGCGUGUGCGGCUUAGCGCCUGGCGGUGUGUCCCUCCCCUCUCUCCUUUUAGCGGCUACACGAGGGUCUCCCCCCCCCCCCCCCCUCUCCACACUUUCGCGUCCACAUUGUGAGUCUUUUCCCCUUCUUUUCCUCUCACAUGGGUAGUUUAAUAAACACCGCAAGACCCAUCUCUGUUUCUCCUGUUCUCCAUUUUUAGGGAUGAAAAUUAGAACCGUAUCGAUAUAUUUUAAAAAAAAUUCGGUGCAAUAGCAAUAUAAAUCGAAUUAGAUUCUUUCAUAGUUAACUAAUAAUCAAAUUCAAAAAAGUCCAAAAACGAAAUCACAUUCAUUUUUUCUUUAACGAUCAACCAUUAGUAGGCUGUCAACCUGUGGGGUCAACCCGCCGGUUGGCCCAAUUUGACUCUAACCCGAUGAGAAAAAUGGUCCCAUACACACCCGUCGGGUCGACCCGCUGCAAGGUAUCGGAUUGCAAGUUCAACGACGUCAUUUUUCCUUUGAUUUGUGAAAUGCGCCUUUUCGGUAUUUCUUUUCGCAUAACCCAAUCUUUGGAAUUCUAAGUUGAACAUUGAUGUUAUAUAAGUGUGUGAAUUUUCACUAUAUGUUGGAUUCAAAUACGACAUGCUAUUUUGGUGUAAUGUUAUAUGUUAUUUCUCAAAUGUUAGAUGUGAUUUUAUAUAAUUUAUAAAUGUAUGAACAAUAUAAUGACUUUUACCAUAUGUAUGAGCUAAACCGGUCAGGCCAUUAACCCUCAACCCACUUGCUUGACCGGGCCAACGGGCUAAACCGGAUUGACAAUCUUUCAUCACAUAAUUGGUUCCCAGUUCUCCAUUUCUUAGCUAUUAAAACAAUGUUAUUUACCGAGCAAAUUGUAAUUUUUACUUUAUAAAUCACAUAUAAUUUUUUAGUUGUUUUUUUAUUCCUUUGUGAAAUAUUUUUUAAAGAGUACUAAAUUUUCUUACAUUCAAGGGGUCGUUUGGAAGUUGCGAUUGUUAAAUAGAUAUAUUGCUGAGAAGACAUGUAUAAUGAUUUACAUGUAUUCUCGAGUUCGAGGCAUUGUAAAAUACAACGUUUGGUAUACGUGAUUGUGUAGUCAUACCAGUUAAAAGAUGUGAUAAAACAGAAUAUCAACUCAACUAUCUCAAUAAUCUCAGCUAAAAGCUGAAAUAUAACAAUAAUUCAUUUUGAGUAAUACUUUCUGUCACAUGAUAUUACAAAAACAAUCCAUGUAUUCUAUUUGCUAAAGAAACAAAAAUGAUUACAUUGUUGAAAGAUAAAAUCCCACCGCAGAACCGAACACUGCACACGCAAACUGCUUUUACUGCUCACACAGACCGAAAUGUACUGUUAUAACCCGGAAGCUGUCUAUGUGUGGGCUGGAGUUGGGUGAGGGCUCUUUGAAUUCUGACAGGAGUUUGGUGGGUUGGUUGAGAUGGAACUAAUCGUUGGCUGUGUUUGUCUGUUGGAUCGUUUGGGAUUCUGACGCGCGUUGGUCAUCAGAGCACUCAUUGUGACUGGAGCCUGCACAGGUGCGCGAAUCAAUGUGUCUUGGGGCUGGGUCGCUGGGAUUGGUUCCCAAGAUCGAUACAAGAGAGGCUUGGGGUUGCCAGAGGCAGAGAGAGCUGUCAGAUAUAGAGAGGCUUUGGGAUGUUAUGUUUUUCUCGUUGUUUAAGGCCAGGGAGAUUUUGCUUUUUCUUGAGCUUUGAUGGUACUUGACGUAAGGGAGAGCCUCGCAGGGGGGUGGGGGUUCCAUCAGUGGGAUGCAUCUCUGCACAGUGUACUUUGCUUUUGGUUUUCUCCAUGGUACUUGAGUGGGAAGCAGAUAUAUUUUUGUGUUUUACUUGGUGGGUUAGAGACCACGUAGGCCUUCAAUUUUGCCCCACUCAUUUUACAUUUUACCUAACCCGCGCAAUUCUCUAUGCCUGCUUUUUUUGCUUGGUUUCCAUCGCCAGAGAAGUAACGUGAUGGUUGGAGUGUUUUUGGUCGCCUCUCUUCCUCUUUUGCUCUCAUACCACUCUCUCUUAAUCUUUCCUCCUCACACAUCUUUCGCUGCAUACCUUUCUCUAAUCUUCUUUGUUGAUUCUACUCUUCUGGUCAUUUUUUAGUUGUUGCAGGGUGAAAGCGAUCAUUGCCGGGUUUGAGAGGUCCAGGCAGGUUUCGGCGGAAAACUAAAUCGACCGGUCUGCUUGAUAUCGUAUGAUUCUUUUCCAUAUGCCUCUCUCUGUUAGUUUCAUUCAGUGGUAGUUUACGAGUUGAUGUUGGUAGCUAUUUGAGUUGAUUGCUCUCUCCCUCUACUGAUUUAUCUCACUCUGUUUAUUGAAUGGGUUUGUUCCGUCUCAUUUUGACUCGGAAGGUAGCAGUUGAUCUAUUUUCUAACAACAUUUGUUGCGUUCGCUGAUAGGAUUUUGGUGGGUUGAGGUGAUCGUCAAAUCCGUCCCGUGUGGGUUUCGGAGGUCUUGAUGAGUUUUGGUUAAGUUUGGGAGAUUUCGAUCAUCCGAUAUUAUUGCUGAGCCCCUGCUGAGAUAUGCUCCUUGAUCUUCUUACAGUUCUGUUGCACUUUGUUUUUUAUUUCCUUCUGUUUGUUGUUAGCUUCCUCUAAUUUAUGGCUUUGCUUAUUGGUUAUUGCAGUUGGUCUUUGCUCGACAAUGAACAAUCAUAUCUGGACAAGGAAUAUUUGUUGCUACCGUGUUGGCUCUUUGGUGGUCAUAAAUAUCGUCUCUGUUGUCCUCUCUUGUGAUUUUGUCUGCAUUUUUGUGGGAUUUGCACACGUCUGUGGUUGCUGAAGGUUCCAGUCUAUGUAAUGUUGCCGUUACGUUAUGUAAAUGGGAACUAAAUGUAUAAAUGCUUAGUAAACUU